GUCCUCUCCUUCCCUCCUCCAUAGGUGUUCAGCGACAUUGGCGCUAUCCAGAGCCUGAAACGCCUCGUUUUCUACUCCACUAAUGGCAGUACGUUAGCGCUGGCGAAGCACGCACUGCGCCUGCUGGGCGAGGAGGUGCCCUGGAGCAUUCUACCCUGCGCGGCCAGCUGGAAGGAGGCCAAGGUCCAAACGUGGCUGCAGCAGAUCGGCUUCUCCCAGUACUGCGAGAGCUUCCAGGAGCAGCAGGUAGAUGGCGACCUUCUUCUGCGGCUCACAGAGGAGGAACUCCAAGCAGACCUGGGCAUGAAAUCUAGCAUCACCCGCAAGAGGUUCUUUAGGGAGCUUACGGAACUCAAGACGUUCGCCAACUAUGCUACGUGCGACCGCAGCAACCUGGCCGACUGGCUGGGCAGCCUGGACCCGCGCUUCCGACAGUACACCUAUGGCCUGGUCAGCUGCGGCCUGGACCGCUCCCUGCUGCACCGCGUGUCAGAACAGCAGCUGCUGGAAGACUGUGGCAUCCGCGUGGGCGUGCACCGCGCCCGCAUCCUCUCUGCGGCCAGAGAAAUGCUACACUCCCCACUGCCCUGUACUGGCUGCAAGCCCGGUGGGGACAUCCCAGAUGUCUUCAUCAGCUACCGAAGAAACUCAGGCUCCCAGCUGGCCAGUCUCCUGAAGGUGCACCUACAGCUGCAUGGCUUCAGUGUCUUUAUCGAUGUGGAGAAGCUAGAAGCGGGCAAGUUUGAGGACAAGCUCAUCCAGAGCGUCAUGGGUGCCCGCAACUUUGUGCUGGUGUUGUCACCUGGGGCCCUGGACAAAUGCAUGCUGGACCAUGACUGCAAGGACUGGGUGCACAAGGAGAUUGUGACUGCUCUAAGCUGUGGCAAGAACAUUGUGCCCGUCAUUGAUGGCUUUGAGUGGCCUGAGCCCCAGGCUCUGGCCAUGACCAACCCACCUGUGGCCUGCAUCCAUGGCUUUCAGGUCUCCAAAGAAAGUUCUCAACCCUGUAUCUCCCAGGAUGGCAAUGCUGGGGGCAGUAGGCCACCAGUGAGGCGUCAUAUCCUAGUAAUUGUGUUCCCGCAGGAAGUGGAAACCCUUACCUCCCACUGGACCCUGUACAUGAAUGUGUGCGGCUUCCUGGUGGAUCUCUUCUCGUCCACGUUGCUCGGAGCCUGGAGUGACCAGGUGGGCCGCCGCCCACUGCUGGUGUUGGCCUCACUUGGCCUGCUGCUCCAAGCUGUGAUAUCCAUCUUUGUGGUGCAGCUGCAACUCCAUGUUGGCUACUUUGUGCUAGGCCGCAUCCUUUGUGCUCUCCUCGGUGACUUCAGUGGGCUCUUGGCUGCUAGCUUUGCCUCCGUAGCUGAUGUCAGCUCUAAUCACAGCCGCACCUUCAGGAUGGCUCUGCUGGAAGCCUGCAUUGGCGUGGCUGGAAUGUUGGCAAGCCUCCUUGGGGGUCACUGGCUCCGAGCCCAGGGUUAUGCCAACCCCUUCUGGUUGGCCUUGGCCUUGCUAAUAGUCAUGACUCUAUAUGCAGCAUUCUGCUUUGGUGAGACCUUGAAAGAGCCAAAGUCCACCCGGCUAUUCACCCUCCGUCACCACAGAUCCAUCGUCCACCUCUACCUGUCUCCAGCCCCGGAGAAGUCCAGGAAGCAUUUAGCCCUAUACUCAUUGGCUUUCUUCGUGGUGAUCACUGUGCACUUUGGGGCUCAGGACAUCCUGACCAUCUAUGAAUUGAGCACACCCCUCUGCUGGGACUCCAAGCUGAUUGGCUAUGGUUCUGCAGCUCAGCACCUCCCCUACCUCACCAGCCUGCUGGGCCUGCGGCUCCUGCAGUGCUGCCUGGCAGACAGCUGGGUGGCUGAGAUUGGUCUGACCUUCAACAUUCUGGGGAUGGUGGUCUUUGCAUUUGCUACCAUCACAGCUCUCAUGUUCACAGGAUAUGGCUUGCUCUUUCUGUCGUUAGUCAUCACACCUAUCAUCCGGGCCAAACUCUCCAAGCUGGUGGGUGAGUCUGAGCAGGGUGCUCUCUUUUCCGCUAUGGCCUGUGUGAGCAGCUUGGCCAUGCUGGCAGCCUCCGGGAUCUUCAACUCACUCUAUCCAGCCACUCUGAACUUCAUGAAGGGCUUCCCCUUCCUCCUGGGAGCUGGUCUCCUCUUCAUCCCAGCCAUUUUGAUCGGGAUGCUGGAAAGGGCUAAUCCUCACUCUGAAUUCCAGAACAUUUCCUAGAACCCCUGAUCUGCCUGUGCCAAAGGGCAGAGGGCAAGAGGAGCAAAAUGAACACACCGACUUCGAGUCUGCAUCUGGGAGCCAGCCCACAGCUGAGUUGCAGCUCCCCUCAAAGGGCAGCUUCUUAGACAAGGUGGUCAAGCUCAUUCAAGGUACUACCUGGUCCAUAGCUGAGCCAGCCUCUGUCUAGAAUUUAGAAACCAAAUCUGACAGGCCCACUCCAGGGCAGGUCUGAUUACCUUUUAUGCCAUCCAUCACUUGGAACCCUUUAGGGAAGGAAUCCUGAUGGAGUGAGACCUCAGGGAGCAAGUGGAGUGUUUGGGCUGGCAUCUCUCCUUCCAGCCCAAACUGCACAGCCACAUGUUCCUGAUAUGUACAGCAGCUGCCAAUCAUUCCUUAAUGAUGACUGUAUUAUCCAAUUAGUGCCAGCCUUGGGGCAGUGGGGGAGAGAUUGGGAGGGCGUGGCUCCCCUAGAGAGAGAAUGCUACUGUCACUGUGGAUGGACUCAAUCCUUGACUACAACCUUUGCACCCCUGGGCUUAACUGUGCCAAUCACAAUAAAUUAAUUGAAUCAAA